AUGUCUGGAAAAUUGGAAAUCAUUUCUCUCGAAGAAUUCGACGAACCAUUCGAGGAAAUUCUGAAAUCCGAAGCCGAAGAAGCUGAAAAAUACGCUGACAAAUGGUACGGAAAUUCGAUUGAUUCCUGGGAAACUAUUCGCUUCCCCAAUGACAAUAUUAUGACGAUUUUGAGAUGGUUUUUACAAAUCUCAUCAUUUUUAAUUAUCCUGGGUUACUGUACAAACCCUCAAUAUUAUGACACGGAAAUGUAUAGUGACUGCUUUCAACAAGCACCAGGAUGGUACCAUCUCACCGCCACGUGUAUUUUUCCACUAACCCAAUUCGAACGAAACUACUCGACAGCAGCUCAAAUGUGUGGAGCUGUGAACCACAGUAUCGGUUAUCGAGAAACGAAUUGGUUGAUAGCUUUACAACUUUUGGAACUUUUCAUGAAAGAAAAAAGUCGAGAUCUAAUGAAAUUGUACUGGACAGGAUUAAUUGUGAAAAACGAUGAAGUGAUUGUAGUUGAAUCAGCAGAUGCCACUGAUGAUACCAUGAAUGUGGCCGAUUUCACAUCAAUGUACAAUCCGUUGUGGGCUGAAGGGCAACCUCCAGAGGAUCUCACAUCAAGACAACUUGCGGGUAGUUGCAUUGCAUUAGAUCUCAGAAACUCUUCAAAUUUUGGAUGGAGAGCUCUUCCAUGCUCAUAUCAACUACCAAUUCUGUGUCAGAACUAUGCUUGUCUUCCGGGAACAUUUCGAUGUGCUGACAAUUCAAAAUGCAUACCUUCCUCAUUUCAACACGACGGAUUCAAGGAUUGUCUUGAUGGAUCUGAUGAAUUCGUGGAUGAAGUUCUUCCUAUUUCUUCGUCAACUCCAAAUUCGAUUUUAUCAAGUAUUUUGCGAGUGAAUCCGAUUUAUGAAUGGCCAAUGAUUGUAUCGAGCGGGGGAGUUUUAUCUCCAACAACGCUGAGAUACGGAAAAGGAGAAUGUACGCAUAAAUGGACUGUUUUGUCUCCCAAUGAUCAUCAUUUCAUUAUUUGGAUAAAAUGGAUGUCCCCAGUAACAUCGACUACUAUUGCAAUAGAAGGAAAGGAUCAAAACGGCAGAAUAUUUCUGAAUUCUAGAAACGCAACGUCAUCUAUCACUCUGACAUCUUCGUCUUUCCUUUUGACUGCUUCUAAUACGGAUACCAGAAAAAUCGAAUUCCAAGUUCAUUACCAAGAUGCAGACAAUUCCCUAUGUAAACUGACUGAACGAAAUCAACUAUUUUUCAAUUCUGAACUCAUUCCGAUGUCUUGCAACUACCAUUUCUCAACCCAGAUUCCCUCUUCAUACGUGGCACUUUUGUUACGAAAAUGUGAAGGCAAUGCUCCAGAUGUUGCCACAAUACAAUUCAACAAUAUGACCAUAUCUCUGGCACCAAGAAAAUCCAAAAAGUUAUUAAUUGUGCCGUCGAAUUCUUUGAAUAUCGAUGUCAAAUCAUCAUGGCCAGAUAGUAACACAAAACUGGAUAUUCAAUUUCUUGAAAUAAAAGCUGGAAACGAAGAAAAAGAAGACGUUUUUCUUGUUGAUACUAAUUUGGAAAUUGAGUGGAUACCAAGAUCAAGUGAAAUUUGUAUGAGUGGACAGUUUAGAACUCUCACUGUUAAUAUGAUAAUGACGUCAUCAGAAGAUUUUGAAGGAUCAGAAUCAGUUAGAUCUACGUGGGAUGUGAAGAAGUUUGCAAAAAGCUGCAGUGAAGAUAAUGUUCAGAUUGUAUCUAAAAACCAGUCUGCGUAUCUCACGAAUUCAAGUACAUUUUCUGGAUUCGGACCGACUACUGUAGUCAUCCAUCAAUCUGCUGAACCAUUUGAAUUUCACUCUAUCUACAGUUUCCAAGAAACUCGCAUAGAAGAUUCUGGAAGGUAUUUCGAUGAGAACAAUUCAGAAUUGGAAUCAGCGACAUCAUUCGUAGAAACGACUACCAAUCAAAUACAAAGCAACGGAAUAUGUAAACUUCCAUCUGUGGUAUACGGAUAUAUUAUGCAUGUUUCUGAUGAGAUGUAUCCGAUUGGAACGAUUGUUUUUAUAAAGUGCAAUCAAGGAUAUCUUCUGAGUGACAGUGCGUCGAUACUGCAAUGCACAGAAAACGGAACAUGGGAAGAUGACAACAAGCAUACAUACCCAUCAGAACAUCCGACAGUUCGUUGUCUUCCAAUAAAUUGUCCAUCUCAGACUUCAGUUGAAAUCGAAAAACAUCUCGAUCCGGAUACGUAUGAAACCGCAUACGGAGUCAUCAGACGGUACUUGCAUGCCACAAACUACAACUUCCCGCCGUUUUGUGUUUGUGGAGAUAGUUCGACAUCUUUGAAUUCAUGGAAGUGUUACGACGAUGUAGAAGGAGGGAUCCUGAAUGCUUGUAUUCUUCCACAGACAUCUGAUGCCAUGUUUCUUCCAGCAGGGCGAUUUGUUUUCCGCUCUGGAGAGCCUAUUUAUAUGAACUGCAUGCUAUGCAACACUGUGAUAAAACACUAUACAUGUGAGGAUGGACUUUGGAAAACGUUAGAAGGAUAUGUUGAGCCAUACGGUAGUUUUGAAUGCAGAUGUCAAGACGAGUCUGGCUUCCAAGAUCCUUGCAUGCCAUACGGAUCUUAUGUUCAACAUUCUGGCUUUUACAGUUGCGACUGUAUCAAUGGUUAUAAAUUUUACAAUGGAACAUGCCAGGACAGAAAUGAAUGUGAGGAAGAAUCAGAUUUUUGUGACGAUCACCGGUAUUGUCAAAACACCGCAGGUGGGUUCACUUGUGACUGCCCAACCAAUUACCAUCUUUAUAAUGCAUCGGGAGAAGAUGUUUCUCAUUGGUCUAAAAUCAGUCAAUGGUUGAUUGAUGGAUACAGUUGUGUUGAAACUACCUGUGUGGUCAAAAAUGAUUGGGAGGAUAAAUAUGACAUCAAAGUGAUUUAUCCACCGGAUCCUUCUGUUUAUUACAAAAGUGGCACUGCAAUGGAUUACUUAUACGCAACAAACAUUUGUAAUUCCGAUGGAUACAAGUGUGUAUACCAAUUCCAGCAAUCUUGUAUUCAAGAUAUGUGGAUCACUCAACCCAAUCCAACAAUGGCCUGUCCAGUAUACAAUCUGAUAGAGAGGAAUUUCUCCUACCCAACAGAUGGACGCCCAAAAGUGUUUUGCAAUGCGCAAGCGAGUUGGGAAAUUUUACCCGCAUGCAUUUACCAAAGCUGUUCGAAUAUAACUCAAUUCAUCACCUGGCCUCUUAUCAUACAAAGAAUCGAUCGUCCAUUGGGAGGACGUGGUUUCGAGAUAACGACAGUGGUAAAUUUGGCAUGUGCAGAUGGGUACAGAAUGCCAGAGGGUAAUGGGGCGGUGACAUGUAUCCUUCGAGGAACAAAUUAUGAAUGGGCUCCGGAAAUCCCAAAAUGUAUCUCAACGUCUACAACAUCUUCAUAUACUUCUUCUAAUACAGCGCCAGCUGCAACAACAUUAACUCCAACUGCUUUCACAUUUUUCCCAUUCCUGUCCUCAUCUGGAACCACGCAGUCGUCUCGAGACCCAUCUACAGAGUCCACGUGGCAACCCACUGGAUCAGAAGGCUCUUUUAUAGCAUAUGAUGAUGUUGUGAUUGAAGGAAGUAUGAAAUUCGAAGAGAGAAGCAUUUUGGAUCAACAGGAGCUAUGGACUCACUCUGGAGAUUGGAUAUGGACUCCGACCGGUUGCAUUAUUCAUCAAUGGACAUUCCCUGUCUCUUUCUUAGUCACUUCUGUUCCAAUUCAACUUACUGCUGACCAAAUUGAACUUUUAAUUGAUGUUUCUCAAUGUAAUUCAAGCGUUCAAGUAGGCGUCACAUCUUCAUCUGACGGCUUCAUUCCUUCAAUUUCCGACUUUCGACCUGUGAUGAACACCACGUCAUCAGGAAGUUUUGUUGUGAAAUUGAAAAAUUUGAAACCCAACUUAGCUGUGUCAAUUACUGCCAAUGGAUAUGUCAAAAUAUGUGGAGUGACAAUUCGAGAAAGCGUAUGUGAUGAAGUGGAUUAUGAUGGAUUACAUUUAAAAUCAUCCAAACCGUUUUCCAUGAGAAGACAUCUCUCAGCAACAUGCACCAACAAUCAAAGACUACCUGCGGUAAAUGGAUAUUGUGACAGUCGUAGGGGAUGGGUGAUUCAAAAAACCCCAUGUCUCUGUGAGACAAAACCAAUUUGUGUUACGCCUGCUCCAAUAGCCCAGUUCGAUCAGGUAAAUAAAUGCUCGUUGAAUGUAUGCCAAAAUGGAGAGUGUGUGAAUACUGGAGGAGGAUUUGAUUGUAUUUGCAAUGCUUACUUCAUAAGAGAUAUUCAACCAAACGGAGAUCCUUACUGUCGACCGAACCACUGUGAAUUGACCAGUCAAACUCGAAAUAGUGGAUAUGAUUGUGACACAGGACUCGAUAAUGAUGAGAUCAAAUGCGCAAAUGUAUCAGGAUACUCCUUCUACGGUGAUUUUUGUCAAUACCAAGGCUCUGCUUCAAAUAACAGUUUCAUUUAUAUGGUGAUACGCGGUUCAGAGAACGCAAUUGCAACCAACAUCUGUGACAGUGUGGACACUGAAUAUGCGAUUCCCGGUGUCCGUUGUCUUGUAGAGCCAACAACGACCCCUCAGCCGCAUGAACAAAGUGGAUGUAAUGUAUGCGUUGCCGGCAAUUGUGAAUAUACACCUCCCCCAUUCGACGGUGGUGCCCUUUGCAUUUGUGGUCCAGGAACAUACGGUCGUUCUUGUGGAGUCAGCAAAUUCUGUUUUAAUGAAACCAACAAUCAUCAGUAUUUAUGUCAAAAUGGAGGGACUUGCGAUUUGGACAGAAGAAUAUGUAAUUGCACGUCAAUGUUUGAAGGCGAUCACUGUGAAAUAGCAAAAGAUCUUGAUACCUGCUACGGCGAAAAGGACUGCGCAAACGGAGUAUGUCACAAUGAAAACGGCAAUAUGUACUGUAACUGCUUUGACGGAUACAUUCCAGAUUUCUAUGGGAAUUGUACAAUUCUCUGGGAUAUGUGCCAGCUCAACAAUCCAUGUCAGCAGGGAGGAAAAUGCAUUUUCAAUCAAACAAGUGGAGAGCAAAACUGUGAUUGUAGCAGUACCGGAUGGCUAGGAACUUACUGUGAAAUUCAACCAAAAGUGGACGACUGUUCAGUUUGUCAGAAUUCUAAACACUGUUUCAACAAUUUCACAUUGAAUGUUCGGUGUCAAUGUGAUCUUGGAUUCAGUGGUACUCAUUGUCUUGAUACUGUAAACGACUGUAAUUUCCAUCCAUGUUUUAACGGAGGAAAAUGCGAGACUUUUAAUUACAUUGACGUUCAGAGAGACUUAAUUGAAUCGUAUAACUGCACAUGUCCAACAGGUUUUUCUGGAACAAAUUGCGAAAUAAAAGAGAAUCCAGAUUGCUCACAAUUGAUUACAUGUGAAAAUGGAGGAACAUGUUCAAUAGUUUCUCCGGGAAGCGCCGUCUGUAACUGUACUGAUCAGUUUUUUGGAACUUAUUGCGAGCAAAGAUGUUCAGAUCAGUGUUCUCAUUCUUAUGGAUGCCAUGAAUCUAAUGGAACGAUUUUCUGUGAAUGCUAUGAUGGAUUCUCAAGUCCAUUAUGUGAUCAAGUAGAUGAUGUGUGUAAGGCGAACGUUCUUUUGUGUCAAAAUUCAGGCACGUGCAAUUCUACGACUUCUGAAUGUGAUUGUCCUGAAUUUUUCAGUGGAACUUAUUGUGAAACUAACACGGAUAAAUGCCAAACUAACUCAAUAAUAUGUGAAAACAAUGGAUCAUGUGUUCCACAAUCAGGAAUCUGUGAAUGCCGUCCGAACUUCACUGGUGACAGAUGUGAAAACCAAAUUCACAGUUGCCGUGAUAUAACUUGUUUUAACGGUGGAACAUGUCUCGAAUCUAACGGCACAUGUGCAUGCAUUCCUGGUAGUACAGGGGAUAGAUGUCAGGAUCUGGGGCAACCAUGCAUCAUCACAAUGCCGAACGGCUCCACGUCUCCUUAUUGUCUCCAUAAUGGAAACUGUACGGUGACUGAAAAUGGAGCAUCUUGCAAUUGUGAUGGGACGGAUUACACCGGAAGAAGAUGCGAUAUUAAAGCCAACUUCAACUUCAAUUUGGUAUUCAAUGGGUUGGGUUAUGCUCCUGAUAUUGUCUCCAAACCAUUUUUCAACGUUUCAAUUGCUCAAUUCACGAUAUGCUCUUUUGUCCAAUACAAUCACCCAGCCAUCGAAUCAAAUGGAGCACAAGAUGGUUCUAUUCCAACUCUUCUCCCCUGGUUAAUUGCUAGAGGAUACGGAAAAUCCCAAAAGAUUGUGUUCGAUAACAAAGGAUUCUUCAUCUGCGACCCAGAUGACACGUGUACUCGAGAUGAACCUUCCAAAAGAACCAAUUACAGACCUACUACGAUUUCUGCAAACACUUGGCAUCAUUUCUGCAUCGUGAGUCCUGAGAAUCUGACAAGUCCGAGUUACACAAUCUACCUGGACGGUGUGCAGCUACUUCCGCAACUAGCUCCAAUAUUUAAUCCAGGACCAAGCGGAUAUCUGCAGUUAGCUCCACCUGAUCUAACCAACAAAACUUAUAACCGAUUUGUUGGAAUGAUUUCAAUGACUCAGCUAUACAUCAUACGAUUGAAUGAAACGCAAAUCGGACAAUUGGCUUAUGAUUGCUAUACUACAAUAAACGAAACCAGCUCUGAAAUAGCAAGCAACACAUUGAUCAGUUGGAAUGGGGGUUUUACUCGCGUCUCUUCUUCAAACCCUGGAGUAUUCAUUGACCCAUCUGGAAUUUGUAGCAGUGUGAAAUGUAUGUUUGGAAGGCAGGCAAACUCCAACAAUUAUAAUUCAACUGGAUCUUGUGCCAAGGAUAGAAUCUCGCCGACCGUGUUGAGAUGUCCUCUGAACAAAUAUGUAACUACUUCGGAAGAUUUCAUCAAAGUCAAAUGGUCAGAUGACGAAAUCUCAUUUUUCGAUAACAUUGGAGUCGUUCGAGUCGAAGUUAACUAUCAUAACGGUCAGCAAUUUGGAAUUGGAAUAACUGCAGUCAGAUACAUUGCUUUUGACGCUGCUGGAAAUUCUGCAGAAUGCACUUUCGAUGUUGUCGUAGUUCAGAAGGCGUGUCCUUCUGAAAGUCAAAUCUUCGUUAAAGGAGGAACGAUUCGUUUUGGAACUACGAGAAUGGCACCUUUCACAUCGAAAGUCGCUUUUGUGGAGUGUAAUGAUAAACUAUAUCCAGUUGAAAAUCGACCAAAGUUCUAUGUUUGUGAUAUUAUGGGUGAUUUUCAAUACGGUGGAUGGUUGGAUGAUACACAAAGAAAAUAUUAUCUUCCGGCAUGUGGAAAAACAGUGCCAGCCGAGCAAGCAAUUAAUGGGACAGUUGUGGGGGAUGGUACCUGUGAACACGUUUAUCGAAAACUUUAUGACAUCAUUUGGACUUCUGUCAAUUGUGAUAAAAUUGCUUCGUGUCAUAUUUCUAUUCGUCCUCCAUGCAACAAAACUUCAAUUGGUAGCAUGGCAGAUGUGGAAAGCGGAAGUUAUGCACUACAGUAUACCUUUUCAACAAAAAAUGCGACGGAGACAAUCAGUACAACAGUGUUGUCUCAACUUCAAACAAACUUUACAUUAGUUCGACAGGAUUCCACUGUCGACUGUGAUCCAUCCUACCCGAUCCACGAUACAACUGGGACUAUCACUACUUGUGUGAGUUGUGCUGAAGGAACAUUUGCCAAUGUCACACAGAAUCAGUGUAUGGAAUGUCCAGCAAAUACUUAUCGAUCCUCAUCGAAUCCUGACCAGCUAUCAUGCACUCAAUGUCCGGAUGGCACGACAACUGGAGAAGUGACAGGAGCUUUUGACGAAUCGCAGUGUUAUAAAAUCUGCCCAAUUGGACAAUACGAAUCGAAUGGCGUCUGCCUUCGAUGCCCUGUCGGAACGUUCGGACCAACUGAAGGACUUCAGAGAUGCAUAUGUUGUGGUUUCGAUAUUUCAACUUAUGGAGAUGAAUCUAAAACCUUCGAUGACUGCACAAAAGUUUGCGAUCCUGGUCAGGAAAUGAUCAGAAGUGCAGACAAAAUAGAGCCAUAUUGUCAUGUUUGUGAUGUUGGAUUCUAUAAAGAGGGUUCUCGAGGUGCAUGUAUUCAGUGCCCACGUGGAUUGAUCACUUCUUCAAAAGGUUCGAAAUCCAUAAAUGACUGCAACGUUCUUAACUGCAUUGAUGCUAACACACGGAGAAACGGAAAUAUAACAGCUGGACCGAACACAACUUAUAGUCAAAUGUGCAUCACUUGUGAACAGGGAACAUUCCAGAACCAAACGAAUAGUGACCACUGUAUACCAUGUACUGAUCUCUCAGAAGAUGCCAUCGACGUUCCUGUAACAUGUCAAUCGACGUGUUCAGCUGAUAUCCCAACCGAAGGAUGUAACUGUCAGCUACAAUCUAGCGGGAACAAUUCAUUGAUCAUUAGGAAUUGUGUGCCAGAAGUGAAACCAGCUCAUCAGAAUUCGAACGCAAUCAAAAUAGUAUUGCCAAUAGUUUUCGGAGUUUUGCUUAUUAUAGUUCUGGUGGUUCUGUUUUGCUUCAGAAAACAGUAA